AUGCCCAGGUCGUUCCUGGUGAAGAAGGUGAAGCUCGAUGAUUUCCCCGCCGGUCUGGACGCUCCCUACGGCCGCGCCCGGGCGGAUUUCGGCUCCCGUUUGCACGAGAAGGGGUACAUCGGUGACCUCAUGGCUCCCUCGGCCUUCCCGGGGGACCCCGAGGCCGCGCUCAAGGUGCCGUCCCCGGACUCGCUGUACCCCGGCGGGCGCGGCGACUUCGGCGCGGGGGACUCGGAGCCCCCCGACAGCCCCCACUCGGGGAUGGCCGGCGGGUACAUCAACGGCGACGCCGCCGUCAGCGAGGGCUACGCCGUGGACGCCUUCUUCAUCACGGACGGGCGCUCGCGGCGCAAGGUGAGCGGAGCCGGAGGAGGAGGAGGAGGAGGAGGAAGCUCCAGGAACCUGCCCCGCCACACCUGCGGCGAGUGCGGCAAGAGCUACGCCACCUCCUCCAACCUGAGCCGCCACAAGCAGACCCACCGCAGCCUGGACAGCAAGAUGGCCAAGAAAUGCCCCACCUGCGGCAAGGUGUACGUCUCCAUGCCGGCCAUGGCCAUGCACCUGCUGACCCACGACCUGAAGCACAAGUGCCAGGUGUGCGGCAAGGCCUUCAGCCGGCCCUGGCUGCUGCAGGGCCACAUGAGGUCCCACACGGGCGAGAAACCCUUCGGCUGCGCCCACUGCGGCAAAGCCUUCGCCGACCGCUCCAACCUGCGCGCCCACAUGCAGACGCACUCGGCCUUCAAGCACUUCAAGUGCAAGCGCUGCAGCAAAACCUUCGCCCUCAAGUCCUAUCUCAACAAGCACUACGAGUCCGCCUGCUUCAAGGGGGCCGCGGCGCCCCUCAGCCCCCUGCGGCCCUGA